ACGUAUCUUCUAAUUUCCGUUUAAUACCUCUCUUUGUAAUGCUUGCUUGCCUCUCGUAAUCCUCCAGCGGCCCUCUCCACUACUCCCACCGCUCGGUCCCUCCAAGUCGACCGGAUGCCUUACACGCCGCCCUCCCAGACGCGGUCGCCUGCAACCUCCAAACCCAACAGCCCUAUUCUCAGUCGCAACCAUUCCUACACCGACCAGUUCCCGCACUCGCCUGCCAGCGUGCAAAGACCUGCGCUGCCUCGCUCGCAUUCGGCCUCAUAUCUGGUCAAGCACCGCCGUUCGUCGGCAUCUUCCAAUGCAAACAACGCUGCUGCCAAUGCCCAGGCGAACAGCAUAACAUCCUCAUCGGAUGCGUCCCGCACACAUGGCUCCUCUCCACAUGGUAGCCUCCGCCAGUCCCCUCCUCCUGUAAACAAUUCUCUGAUUCCGUCAGGUGCCAUCACCACACCACCUGACUCUUCGGAUGACGAUGAGGACCGUGGCCGGAACAUUGGCAGUCUUAGGGAGCUACAAGAGGCACUUCAGCACAUUCCCGUAAAACGACAGAGUUCACCGAAUCGCGCUAGCAUUGAGAAUGCACAGGUUAGCCCGGCCGUGUCCAACACGGCGGUCCGACCGCUCUCUGCAGAUGCCCGUAAGAUUUCUCACUCGCGCUCGUCGAGCGAGAUCAUGCUCUCCAAGCAUGUAACGCUCAACACCGACACAAGUGUCGUCAUUAGCUCUUCCGAGGGCAGCGACGCAGAAGACGACGAACUGCGGAUAAAGCCGCCGCUUCUUCGCAAGAAGUCGGGUGAGUUGGUGAAGCCCGCUCUUCGUCCUGCUUCUCGUCGACGACCCUCCAGCAUGCCUGGCACGCCUACAUAUUCCAAGGCGGUGCACUUCAACGAGGAAAUUGAGCAGGUGCGCCACUUCCUGCAAGUGGACCGUCCUAUUGCUGUGAGUGCUGGGUCUUCGCCUGUCGAGACCUACGACAGCGAGAGCGAGUAUCCUUUCUUCGAGGAUCGCAAGAACAAAGAACCAGAGUGGGAAAUUAAGCUUGCCAACUUCCCCUCCGUCGAUACGUACGAGCGCCAAACGAUGCCUGUGCGUGUUGAGAGGAUCUUUCUCGCGUCUGACAACAAGACGUUGGUCGGCACUGUGGCCUGUGCUAACAUCUCUUUCCACAAAGUUGUCAUUGCUCGCUUCACUCUCGACUACUGGAAGACAACGUCUGAAGUUGUCGCUGAAUACAACCACGAUGUGCGCAAGAAGCAGAAGGACGAUGGCUACGAUCGAUUCAAUUUCAACAUCAAGUUGGCUGAUCAAGCUAAUCUUGAAUCAAAGACGUUGCUGCUCUGCGUUCGAUACCAAGUCAAUGGUCAAGAGUUCUGGGACAGCAACAACUCGAUGAACUACCAAGUUGACUUCACGAAGAAGGCCCAGCCGUCGCCCAGAAAGGGUAGCUCUGGUCCUCUUCGCGGCGCCAUCCCUCGCAGCCGACACUCGCCUACAGGGCCUCGUCCCCGUUCUAUGCCUGCUGGCUCUUUCGACGACGACUUUGGGACUCCUGAGUUUGGCUCCAAGUUCGCGUUCGGCCCUAGCCGGCCUCAGCUCCGGGAGCCGUCCAGUGCAACAAUCCGCUUGAAGCCUAGGAAGCGAAGCAAUCUCUUCCCGGAUCAGACAGCCAAGCCUGCCAGCCAGGCUUUCUCCACCCGCUACGACUUCAGUGCCUCGCUUUCGGCUGCUCUGUCGAAUGCUCAAACUGCCCUCGGAGAUCGCAGUGGCCUCACCCCCAAUGGUACUAACAAGAGCUCCAAGGACUACUUCGCCAAGGAUACUGCUCCAAAGGUACCAACUGUUCCUGGUACUCGGCCUGGCGGUCUAUCAUCUGAGAAGCCGGACCUUCAGUCAGCAGAAUAUAACGAGUUGAUCCAGAAGUUUUGUUUCGUACGUUCCCGCCCCUCCGGACUGGCCGAAGACUAGUACUAAUCGUCUUCUCAGUUUGGCACCCCCUCGAAAGGCUCUCCCAAUACAGGCACUCCUGCAACGAAGAACUCUCACACCGAUGGAGCA